CACACCACCCGCACUGCCGCUCAGGGAGAGAGGGGAGGAAGGUUAGGGACGCCGAGAGGAGCGGCCAGAAGGGAAAGGCGCGGGCCGAGGCUCCGGCAGGGGCAGGGGCUGCGGCGGGCAUAGAGCAGCUGGGCGGUGCUCGCCGAGAGCCCCCACGCGACCCUGUCGGAGCUGGUGUCCGUGGACGACCCCCGCUGCGCAGAGCCCGGGACGUCCAGGCGCGGAGAAGAGUCCCCACUCCGGCGGGCCCGUCCGUCCGGGCAGGCGGGCAUCUCGGCGCCGCCACCCUGGAGAAAGCAGCCGUCCGGGGAGCGGGCACCCUGCAUCCGUAAGAACCCCGCCGUCUGGGGAGCCGCGAUCCCGUGAGGCUGAGCGGGAGGGGCCACAGGAGCCCGGGCGCUGACCCGCGGGGAGCUGCCCCCGGCCCGGCCCACGAGGGAGCCUCCACCGGGACUGGACGGAAGGUUGGGGUCGGGCCCCGCCGAGGCGGGAGUCCCCGGGGGCGGGGGUGCCGGGCGCAGCCGUCGGGGGAGGGGGCCCCCGGCCAGGCCCGAGCCCAGCCGCAACCAUUGCGCCCAAGAGUGAGGAGGACCUGCUGGCCCUGGCCGCGACCCGGCUGAGCCGCCGCAAGCGCGUGGCGGGCGCGGCCGUCGGGGUGGCCAUGGUGCUGCUGCUGCUGGUGGCCAUCCCGCUGCUGGUGCACAGCUCCCGCGGGCCGGCGCACUACGAGAUGCUGGGGCGCUGCCGCAUGGUGUGCGACCCGCACGGGCCGCGGGGCCCCGCGCCCGACGGCGCUCCCGCCUCCGCGGCCCCCUUCCCGCCGGGCUCCAAAGGAGAAGUGGGCCGGCGCGGGAAGGCCGGCCUGCGGGGGCCACCGGGGCCGCCGGGGCCGCGAGGGCCUCCAGGUGAGCCGGGCAGGCCGGGUCCCCCGGGCCCUCCCGGGCCCGGCCCCGAAGGAGUGGCCCCGGCUGCCGGCUACGUGCCUCGAAUUGCCUUCUACGCCGGCCUGCGGCGGCCCCACGAAGGUUACGAGGUGCUGCGCUUUGACGAUGUGGUGACCAACGUGGGCAACGCGUACGAAGCGGCCAGUGGCAAGUUCACCUGCCCCAUGCCAGGAGUCUACUUCUUCGCUUACCAUGUGCUCAUGCGCGGCGGCGACGGCACCAGCAUGUGGGCCGACCUGAUGAAGAACGGUCAGGUUCGGGCCAGCGCCAUUGCCCAGGAUGCGGACCAGAACUAUGACUAUGCCAGCAACAGUGUUAUCCUGCACCUGGAUGUGGGCGACGAGGUCUUCAUCAAGCUGGACGGAGGGAAGGUGCACGGCGGCAACACCAACAAGUACAGCACCUUCUCUGGCUUCAUCAUCUACCCGGACUGAGCUGCCUUCCCCGCACCCUCCCCAGCCCGCCCGCCCCUGCUCGCUGUCUCAGUCGCUUCCCCUCCCAUACCUGCCCUUCUGCUACCCCCAGUGAGGCCCCCAACUAGGAACUGCGGUGGGGAGAGCAGGGCGGUAGGGCGGGGCAGAGGAGGCAAGAGGCAGGGGCUUCCUGUGGACCUCUGAGAGCCCUGCUGGGGGCCAGCACCAAAGGCAAAAGGGCAGCCCUGGUAUUUGGGGAGGGAGAGGACGAGGUGGGAGCCUGUGUGGGGGAGAAGAGGGGACACGUGGAGUGGGGUCCACUCCCCUGACUCAUUUCUCUCACCAUCCCUCCAAGCUGCAGGCUCAGGCCUCGGCAGCCUUCUUGUGAACUAGAGGAACCAGUGAAUCCUUUCCGAGCAUUUAAUCCUCAUUCUGUAUAGUCCCCAUUUCAGCCCCCUCUGGACCAGGCCCUGGGGGUAAACUGAUGUUGCCCCUUCCAAUAAAGUGAAGUUGGAGA